AUGGACGAGAAGUCGAUUGCCCUUGAUGCUGUUAUUAAGGAAGCUGUUGAUCUGGAGAACUUACCCCUUGAAGAAGUGUUUGAACAUCUUAAAUGCACAAGAGAAGGUUUGAGCUCUGAUGGCAUUCAGGAACGGUUGCAAUUGUUCGGAUACAAUAAACUUGAAGAAAAAAAGGAAAGUAAAAUAUUAAAAUUUUUGGGCUUUAUGUGGAACCCUCUGUCAUGGGUCAUGGAAGCAGCAGCUAUCAUGGCCAUUGCUCUUACACAAGGAGGGAAAAAGAAACCAGACUAUCAUGACUUUGCUGGCAUCUUGAUCUUACUCAUGAUCAAUUCUACCAUCAGUUUUAUAGAGGAAAACAACGCUGGCAAUGCGGCUGCUGCUCUUAUGGCGCGGUUGGCUCCAAAAGCCAAGGUAUUGCGAAAUGGAAAAUGGAGCGAGGAAGAUGCUGCAGUGUUGGUUCCUGGUGACAUAAUUAGUAUCAAACUUGGAGACAUUAUUCCUGCUGAUGCACGUCUUUUAGAAGGAGAUCCGCUAAAGAUUGAUCAGUCUGCUCUUACUGGAGAAUCACUCCCAGUUACCAAGCACCCUGGUGAGGGAGUAUACUCAGGUUCAACAUGUAAGCAAGGUGAAAUCGAAGCAGUAGUUAUUGCAACCGGUGUUCACACUUUCUUUGGGAAAGCGGCUCAUCUAGUGGAAAAUACCACACAUGUUGGGCAUUUCCAAAAGGUUUUAACAUCAAUUGGAAACUUCUGCAUCUGUUCCAUUGCUGUUGGAAUGUUGAUUGAAAUUGUUGUGAUAUACGGGAUUCAUGGGAGGAAAUAUCGUGUUGGUAUUGAUAACCUUCUUGUCCUACUCAUUGGUGGGAUCCCCAUUGCGAUGCCAACUGUUCUUUCUGUUACCAUGGCCAUCGGGUCACACCGAUUAUCUCAGCAGGGUGCUAUAACAAAGAGAAUGACUGCCAUUGAGGAAAUGGCUGGCAUGGAUGUACUAUGCAGUGAUAAAACAGGCACACUGACACUUAACAAGCUUACUGUGGACAAAAAUAUGAUUGAGGUUUUUGCCAAAGGCAUUGACAAGGAUAUGGUUGUACUAAUGGCUGCAAGAGCAUCAAGAUUAGAGAAUCAAGAUGCUAUUGACACAGCAAUUGUUUCAAUGUUGGCAGAUCCAAAGGAGGCACGAGCUGGAAUUACAGAAAUUCAUUUCCUUCCAUUCAAUCCAACUGACAAAAGGACAGCGCUUACGUACAUAGAUAAAGCUGGGAAAAUGCAUAGAGUGAGCAAAGGUGCACCAGAGCAGAUCCUCAACCUAGCACAUAACAAAUCAGAAAUUGAAGGGAGGGUGCAUUCAAUAAUUGAUAAAUUCGCAGAACGUGGGCUUCGAUCCCUAGGAGUUGCCCGUCAGGAAGUACCUGCUGGUACCAAAGAAAGUCCUGGCGGCCCCUGGGAGUUUGUUGGCCUUCUCCCUCUUUUUGACCCUCCUCGUCAUGACAGUGCUGAAACAAUUAGGAGAGCCUUAGAUCUUGGUGUGAGUGUUAAGAUGAUAACAGGUGACCAACUGGCAAUUGGUAAAGAAACAGGACGACGGCUUGGGAUGGGGACAAAUAUGUACCCCUCUUCAGCUUUGCUUGGUGAUAAUAAGGAUGGGACAAUUGCCGCUCUACCAAUUGAUGAACUCAUUGAGAAAGCUGAUGGUUUUGCCGGUGUUUUUCCUGAACAUAAGUAUGAGAUUGUAAGGAGACUACAAGCUAGAAAGCACAUCUGUGGAAUGACUGGUGAUGGAGUAAAUGAUGCCCCUGCUUUAAAGAAAGCUGACAUAGGAAUUGCUGUGGCUGAUGCUACAGAUGCUGCUCGUAGUGCUUCUGAUAUAGUUCUAACAGAACCUGGGUUGAGUGUAAUCAUUAGCGCUGUCUUAACAAGCCGUGCAAUCUUUCAGAGAAUGAAAAACUACACGAUAUAUGCUGUGUCUAUCACUAUACGUAUUGUGCUUGGUUUUAUGUUGCUGACUGUAUUCUGGAAAUUUGACUUCCCUCCUUUUAUGGUUCUUGUCAUUGCCGUUCUUAAUGAUGGUACUAUCAUGACAAUAUCCAAAGACAGAGUUAGACCUUCUCCCGUUCCUGACAGUUGGAAGCUCAGUGAAAUUUUUGCAACCGGGAUUGUUCUUGGAAGUUAUAUGGCUUUAAUGACUGUAAUAUUCUUCUGGGCAGCAUAUGAAACUAACUUUUUCAAGAAUGUUUUUGGUGUAAGGAACUUCAACCAGCACCAUUAUCAUACUGAUGAUGAGAAAAAAGAACUAAAAGAAAAGAUGGCAUCUGCUGUUUAUCUUCAAGUCAGCACCAUCAGCCAGGCACUAAUAUUUGUGACUCGCUCUAGGGGCUGGUCUUUCACAGAACGACCUGGUCUUCUGCUCGUAACAGCCUUCAUCCUUGCUCAAUUGAUUGCAACUGUGAUAUCUGCCACUUUAACCUGGAAACUUGCUGAAAUUCGAAAGAUAGGCUGGGGCUGGACAGGUGUUAUUUGGUUGUACAAUAUACUGACUUACUUGCUACUUGAUCCUAUAAAGUUUGCUGUUCGGUAUGCACUUAGUGGAAGAGCCUGGGGUCUGGUGGUUGAUAAACGAACUGCAUUCACCACCCAAAAGGACUUCGGAAGGGAAAAGCGUGAGGCUGCAUGGGCUGCUGAGCAGCGGACCAUCAAUGGCCUCCGGUCUGUUGAGUCAAAGAUGUUUUCUGAGCGUAGCACUUUUAGGGACAUUAAUCUUAUGGCAGAAGAAGCUAAAAGGCGUGCAGAGAUUGCAAGGCUGAGGGAGCUUCAUACUCUUAAAGGCAAGGUGGAGUCUUUUGCAAAGCUGAGAGGUUUAGAUAUCGAUGCCAUGAACCAGCAUUAUACCGUCUGAGUGAUUUUCUGACUGGAGCUUCACACUCUUAAAGGCAAGGUGGAGUCUUUUGCAAAGCUGAGGGGUUUAGAUAUCGAUGCCAUGAACCAGCAUUAUACUGUCUGAUUGAUUUUCUGACUCUUUUUAUUCUCAGUUUUUCUCCUUUUGUCCCCUCUAAAUGUCUUUCUUAGUACUUCCCAAUUUUAGAUGGUUUUACUUGGACUUGAGAAUUCACAAUGGUUAUUUAUUCUAUAUCUUAAUA